AGUCUCUAGCGACUGGCCCCGCCCCGUGUGCAGCUUUCGCGGCCUGCGUCUGGAGAAAACCCUAGCGGGUGGCUCCGUGCGGCCAGAGCUCUAGAGAGUGGUGCCGCCUUCCAACCUUCUUCCCCUAGCCCUGGUGGCCGGCUCCGCCUCUUCUCGAAUCUUUUCCACAGCCCAAAAUGGCCGCAGAGGUGUAUUUUGGCGAUCUAGAGCUCUUCGAGCCGUUCGACCACCCAGAGGAGUCGAUUCCGAAGCCCGUUCACACUCGCUUCAAGGACGACGACGGCGACGAGGAGGACGAAAAUGGGGUCGGCGACGCGGAGCUACGGGAGCGGCUUCGGCAGUGCGAGGAGACCAUCGAGCAGCUCCGCGCCGAGAAUAUCCUUUCCUCUCGCUGGGCCCUGUCACCCGGGUGUGGGGCCGGGGCAGCGCCGGGCGAGGGCGAGGGCGCGGGCGGAAGUUCCAGGAGGGCCAGAAUUCCAAGUGAUUUCUGUCACCCGCCGGCGGACCGAGAGUCUAGGGUUCGGGGCGCGCAGGCUGCCUCGGCGCAGACCUCUUCCCCUCAGGGAGGCCGUCUCCUGACCAGACCCACUCCUGCCUCCCACCCGGGUGCCGUGUUUAGGGUUAUUUUAGGCUGCUCACCUGACAGAUUGUACACAAGCCCUUAAUUGCCCCCCUCUGUUUGAGGUCGUGGUGAGGUUUCAUAUUUCGCAGCCACGCUCAAGUUGUGCCGUCAUGUUACAGUUGUAGGUGAUGAAAUACCGGCUGCUUAGACGCGGGAUCGGUUUUUAUACCGGGGCAAACGCUAGUGGUCCCAGAAUGCAGAGUUGGGGGCCUCAAGGAAUCCGGGUGUGCUGAGAUAAUUGGUUAAUUGCUUGAUUAAAAUUGGGGAUUAAUUUUAGAGUUCUUCCACUCGGAGCUCGCUUCUGUGCUGAAGAUGCUUUGCAACGCCUUGAGGAAAACGCGCCAAAGAAGUUUCUGUUAGACUUGAGUUACCAGAUUGCAGAUUUUUCUUGAUUUGCUAUGGAAUAUUGGUGAACGAUACUAAGUUAGAUGGACCUAUAUUACAGAUUCUAUUCAUGAACAAUGCUAUUUCAAAGCAAUAUCAUCAAGAAAUAGAGGAAUUUGUAUCAAAUUUAGUAAAAAGAUUUGAGGAACAGCAGAAAAAUGAUGUGGAAAAGACUUCCUUUAAUCUUUUGCCCCAGCCAUCCAGUAUUGUGCUAGAGGAGGACCACAAAGUGGAAGAGUCCUGUGCCAUUAAAAACAACAAGGAAGCUUUCAGUGUUGUAGGAAGUGUCCUGUAUUUUACUAAUUUUUGCCUUGAUAAAUUGGGGCAACCGCUUCUAAAUGAAAACCCUCAGCUUUCCGAAGGAUGGGAAAUACCCAAGUACCAUCAAGUCUUCAGCCACAUUGUUUCUCUAGAAGGGCAAGAAAUACAAGUAAAGGCAAAAAGGCCAAAGCCUCACUGUUUCAAUUGUGGUUCUGAAGAACACCAAAUGAAAGAUUGCCCAAUGCCUCGGAAUGCUGCUCGAAUAAGUGAAAAGAGAAAAGAGUAUAUGGAUGCCUGUGGAGAAGCAAACAAUCAGAAUUUCCAGCAGCGAUACCACGCAGAAGAAGUAGAAGAAAGAUUUGGAAGAUUCAAGCCAGGAGUUAUUAGUGAGGAACUUCAAGAUGCACUAGGUGUGACAGACAAGAGUCUUCCACCUUUUAUCUAUCGGAUGCGCCAGCUAGGGUACCCACCAGGGUGGCUCAAAGAGGCUGAAUUGGAGAAUUCGGGGCUUGCACUCUAUGAUGGAAAAGAUGGCACUGAUGGGGAAACAGAAGUUGGAGAAAUACAACAGAAUAAAAGUGUCACUUACGAUCUCUCAAAAUUGGUCAACUAUCCUGGUUUUAAUAUAUCUACUCCCAGAGGAAUUCCAGACGAAUGGAGGAUCUUUGGUUCCAUACCAAUGCAGGCAUGUCAGCAGAAGGAUGUGUUUGCCAAUUACCUUACUUCUAACUUCCAAGCGCCAGGUGUGAAGUCUGGCAACAAGAGGUCUUCAUCUCACUCUAGCCCAGGUAGUCCAAAGAAGCAGAAGAAUGAAAGCAACUCAGCGGGAUCUCCCGCCGACAUGGAGCUCGAUUCAGAUAUGGAGGUACCACAUGGUUCUCAGAGCAGCGAAAGUUUUCAGUUUCAACCACCAUUACCUCCUGACACUCCUCCACUCCCCCGGGGAACUCCUCCACCCGUCUUCACCCCUCCACUCCCAAAGGGCACCCCGCCGCUGACUCCCAGUGACUCACCCCAGACCAGAACAGCAUCUGGAGCUGUGGAUGAGGACGCACUGACUCUAGAAGAACUUGAAGAACAGCAGAGGCGGAUCUGGGCAGCUCUUGAGCAGGCCGAGAGCGUAAACAGUGACUCCGACGUUCCUGUGGACACACCUUUAACUGGCAAUUCCGUUGCCUCAUCACCUUGUCCAAAUGAGCUAGACCUCCCUGUCCCGGAGGGAAAAACAUCUGAAAAGCAGACGCUGGAUGAGCCUGAGGUACCAGAGAUUUUUACAAAGAAAUCAGAAGCUGGACAUGCCUCCAGUCCAGACUCUGAGGUGACAUCACUUUGUCAGAAGGAAAAAGCAGAGUUGGCUCUGGUAAACACUGAAGGUGCCCUUCUUGAUAAUGGAAGUGUCGUACCAAACUGUGACAUCAGCAAUGGGGGCAGCCAGAAGCUCUUUCCUGCAGACACCAGUCCUUCAAUGGCCACUAAAAUUCAUAGCCCUAUACCUGACAUGAGCAAAUUUGCAACUGGAAUCACGCCAUUUGAAUUUGAGAAUAUGGCAGAAUCUACUGGAAUGUACCUCAGGAUAAGAAGCUUGUUAAAGAACUCACCCCGAAACCAGCAGAAAAACAAAAAGGCCUCUGAAUAAUGGCUUGACUUAGCACUGAGAGCUAUUUAAUAACUUUGUUCCGUUAAUUAGUACUAAUUAAGUGGAUAGAUAGAAUGGUUUUCCUGUUUGUCCCUCCCAUGUUUAAAAAUCUAUCCAAGGUUCGUGUUCCAAAGUCAAGCCUAUUUUAAAGAAAGACUGAGCUCACUAGUUCAGUGUAUUUUAUUCUCACUGACAAAACUUGGGGAGAGAUGUGAAUAUGACCUGGUUUAGAGAGGGUUUGUUAAGGUUUAUACUAUUUUUGGAUUGUGACUAUCCGUCAAGAGUGAUGGUUUUUAUCUGUCUUUUGUACAUUGUUUUCCCUUUCUACAUUUUGCUAAUUAUCCUGUAUAUAAGUUUAAUAUAUCACUUUUUAAAAGAAAAAAUUCUACCAUUUUAAAUUCAUGUUUCAACUCCUACAACCAAAUGAGAAAAAUCAGGGAUGAGCAGCUUUAUCCCAUUUGGGGUAUUUUUGUAAGUGAUUUACAUGCGUCAAUUUUAGUAAUACUUUUACUUUUUUGUAAUUUCAUUCUUCAUAUAUGCUUGCUAUACAGGUAUGUUCAUCUUUGUGUACAGAGGUUUAAUAAAUUAGUUUUCAUAUACAUAA